UUAAGUGAAACAGCAUAAAUACACCACCAUGUACAGGUUGGGUCAUCCUCUUGGUGAAUUGUACAAAGCAUUUAAGUCCCUCUAAGGGACCCUUCUAUAUGCAAUUAUCAUUCACUACACAAACACACAACCUUAAUUCCUCUCCAACUCCUGCGCACAAACAAGCACACCCACUUCCUUAAACCAAUAAUAGUACUACAAAAAAAAAUAUUCAAAAAUCCUUUGACUCUUAUCUCUGCCUCUAAAGUCUAAAGCCUAUACGUGUAUUUUUUUGUCCAAUAGAGAUAAGAGUCGAGAGGUUUCAGUUUUUGUUGCGUCUCAGCUGGACAUAUUUCUGUGUUCUUUCUUUUCUUUGUGCUCUGCAUGAAACAGAGUUUUCAGUACAACAAUGAAAUAUAUUCGGACCAACAGCUUGAAGCGCCUCUUCUCAUUGAAGCGUCGCAGUUUAGAAGGAGAAAUUCCGAACCCAGAUGGCUCUAUUGUAGAACAAAACAAAGAUAUCCUCAAGAUUAAUGCUUUAGUACCAGAACCAGCUCAUAGACCCACUUGGAAAUGCUUCUCCUUUGAAGAAAUCUUUGAUGCCACCAAUAGUUUUAGCUCAGAGAAUUUAGUUGGCAGAGGAGGCUAUGCAGAGGUAUACAGGGGAACUCUGAGAGAUGGUGAAGUAAUUGCAGUGAAGAGGCUGACAAAAGCUUCUAAUGAUGAAAGGAAAGAGAAGGAGUUUUUGACAGAAAUUGGAACCAUUGGUCAUGUGUGUCACCCAAAUGUACUAUCUCUCUUAGGCUGUUGCAUUGAGAAUGGGCUUUACCUCAUUUUCUACUUCUCCUCAAAAGGCUCAGUUGCUUCUAUUCUGCAUGAUGAAAAUUUGCCACCGGUUGAUUGGAAAACAAGGUAUAAGAUAGUCAUUGGGACGGCUAGAGGUCUCCAUUACUUGCACAAGGGCUGCCAAAGAAGGAUAAUUCACAGGGACAUCAAGGCCUCAAACAUUUUAUUGACCACAGAGUUUGAACCACAGAUAUCUGAUUUUGGUCUAGCAAAAUGGCUUCCAUCUCAGUGGACUCAUCAUUCAAUAGCUCCUAUAGAAGGAACAUUUGGGCACUUAGCUCCUGAGUACUAUUUACAUGGGAUUGUGGAUGAGAAGACAGAUGUUUUUGCAUUUGGAGUUUUCCUUUUGGAGAUUAUCUCAGGCAGGAGGCCAGUAGAUAGUUCUCACCAAAGCUUACACAGCUGGGCCAAGCCAAUUUUGAACCAAGGGGAUGUUGAAAAGCUAAUAGAUCCAAGGCUUGGAGGGGCCUUUGAUGUAACACAGCUAAAAAGACUUGCCUUUGCAGCCUCUCUUUGCAUUCGCUCAUCUUCAAUGUGGCGCCCAACCAUGAGUGAGGUAUUGGAGGUAAUGGAGGAUGCAGGUGAGGUGGACACAGAGAGGUGGAAGAUAGCUAAGGAAGAAGAACAGGAAGAGUUCUGGGGAUUUGAGGAUCUAGAAUAUGAAUGUGACAGUUCCUUCUCUUCUCCACAUGACACUGGGUCAACAGGAAUUUCUUAGAGCUAAAGAACUAGGAACUUGAUGAAAAUGUAUUUGCCACUUUCAUUUAACAUAUUAGUAUGUUACAUUGUAAAUGCAUAAAUGUAAAGGCAUAUAGAUACAUAUAUGUUAGCAAACCCACCACUAAAUCAAUCUCUAUAUGAGAAUGUUUUUUUGUGGAUAUACAUGCUUUCAAUUGCCAUUUCUGAUUAGACUCUA